AAGGAAGGGCUGAGCUGCCGGGGGACCAAAACAAAGGUGGUGGUCUGGUGUUAGGGGUCAUGCUCUGCCGGGAUCUGAGUUGUUCUAUUUGGCCGGAGACUCUGCUGCUUUGCCCCCUCCAAAGGGCUCUUUUCUUGGAAAAGCCAGGCGGGAGGAGCGGGAACCAUGAACCAGCAGCUGGAUGCUCCGCGGCCAAUCAACUGGACCAUUAGGAAACUGUGCGCUGCAGCCUUCCUACCAUCUGUACGCCUGCUCAAGGCACAGAAAUCGUGGAUUGAGAGAGCCUUCAACAAGAGAGAAUGUGUUCAUAUCAUAGUGAGUGCCAAAGACCCCCAUAGGUGCUGCUGUGGCCGUCUGAUUGGUCAGCACGUUGGCCUGCCCCCCGGCAUCUCCUCCAGUCAGAAUGACAAGACGGAGCGUCUGGCUAAGAAUGACAGCCUAUCAGAGAAAUGGUCAAUCAGCAAACACACCCAGCUCAGCCCCACCGACGCCUUCGGAACCAUUGAGUUCCAGGGAGGGGGCCACUCCAACAAAGCCAUGUAUGUGCGUGUGUCCUACGACACCAAGCCAGACCUCCUGCUGCACCUGAUGACCAAGGAGUGGCAGCUGGACCUUCCCAAGCUGCUCAUCUCGGUGCAUGGGGGCCUGCAGAACUUUGAGUUGCAGCCCAAACUCAAACAGGUCUUUGGCAAGGGCCUCAUCAAGGCUGCAAUGACAACCGGAGCCUGGAUCUUCACCGGCGGGGUCAACACAGGGGUGAUCCGGCAUGUGGGUGAUGCGCUAAAGGACCAUGCCUCUAAAUCUCGGGGGAAGAUCUGCACUAUUGGCAUCGCCCCCUGGGGCAUCGUGGAGAACCAGGAGGACCUGGUGGGAAAAGACGUGGUCCGACCGUACCAGACCAUGUCCAACCCACUGAGCAAGCUGACCGUGCUCAACAGCCUGCACUCCCACUUCAUCCUGGCCGAUAAUGGGACCACAGGGAAGUACGGUGCUGAGGUCAAACUCCGCAGACAACUGGAGAAACACAUCUCCCUGCAGAAGAUCAACACACGUAUUGGUCAGGGAGUGCCGGUGGUGGCUCUGAUAGUGGAGGGGGGUCCUAAUGUGAUCUCCAUCGUGUUGGAGUACCUGAGGGACACUCCGCCUGUCCCCGUGGUGGUGUGUGACGGGAGCGGGCGUGCCUCAGACAUCCUGGCAUUUGGACACAAGUACUCCGAGGAGGGAGGGAUCAUAAAUGAGACUCUGAGGGACCAGUUGCUGGUGACCAUACAGAAGACAUUCACGUACAGCCGGACCCAAGCCCAACACCUCUUCAUCAUCCUCAUGGAAUGCAUGAAGAAGAAGGAGUUGAUAACAGUUUUUCGGAUGGGGUCUGAAGGACACCAGGACAUUGACCUGGCCAUUCUCACUGCUCUGCUUAAAGGAGCCAACGCAUCGGCUCCUGACCAGCUCAGCCUGGCCCUGGCCUGGAACCGAGUAGACAUCGCUCGCAGUCAGAUCUUCAUCUAUGGACAACAGUGGCCUGUGGGUUCUCUGGAGCAGUCUAUGCUGGAUGCCCUGGUGCUGGACAGAGUGGACUUCGUCAAGCUGCUGAUCGAGAACGGAGUGAGCAUGCAUCGCUUCCUCACCCUCUCCAGACUGGAGGAGCUCUACAACACGAGACAUGGACCAUCCAACACUCUAUACCACCUGGUCAGAGACGUCAAAAAGGGUAACCUCCCACCAGAUUACCGCAUUAGUCUCAUUGACAUUGGAUUGGUCAUCGAGUACUUGAUGGGCGGAGCUUACCGAUGCAACUACACCAGGAAGAGGUUUAGAACGCUGUAUCAUAACCUCUUUGGACCCAAACGACCCAAAGCCCUGAAACUGCUGGGGAUGGAGGAUGACAUGCCGAUCCGAAGGGGUCGUCAGAAGACUACGCGGAAGCGGGAGGAGGAAGUGGACAUUGACCUGGACGACCCUGAGAUAAACCACUUCCACUUCCCCUUCCAUGAGUUGAUGGUGUGGGCUGUGCUGAUGAAGAGACAGAAGAUGGCACUGUUCUUCUGGCAGCACGGGGAGGAGGCCAUGGCUAAAGCCCUGGUGGCUUGUAAGCUGUGUAAGGCCAUGGCCCACGAGGCCUCCGAGAACGACAUGGUGGACGACAUCUCACAGGAGCUCAACCAUAACUCCAGUGAGUUUGGCCAGCUAGCCGUUGAGCUGCUGGACCAGUCUUACAAGCAGGAUGAGCAGAUGGCCAUGAAGCUGCUAACCUACGAGCUGAAGAAUUGGAGUAACGCCACCUGCCUUCAGCUGGCUGUGGCCGCCAAGCACCGCGACUUCAUCGCCCACACUUGCAGCCAGAUGCUGCUCACCGACAUGUGGAUGGGACGGCUGCGCAUGCGCAAGAACUCUGGACUUAAGGUGAUCUUGGGCCUGCUGCUGCCUCCGUCCAUCCUGAGUCUGGAGUUCAAGAACAAGGAUGAGAUGUCAUAUAUGCCCCAGGACCAGGACACUUACCUGCAGGAGAAGGAGGAGGAGCCUGAGAAGCCUGCCAAUGAGAAGGAAGAAGAGGACAUGGAGUUCACAGUAAGAUCCUACUGUGAGACGCAGUACAACUCCGUGGCCAUGCUGGGUAAGGUAAGCACGGAGGCGUCUCGUAAGAAGGGCGUGGGGGAGGUCCAGAAUAGACACCGGCUCAUCCCCAUGGGCCGGAAGAUCUACGAGUUUUACAACGCCCCCAUCGUCAAGUUCUGGUUUCACACAAUGGCCUAUGUGGCGUACCUGAUGCUGUUCAACUAUAUUGUGCUGGUGAAGAUGGACCUGUGGCCCUCACCGCAGGAGUGGAUAGUCAUCGCUUACAUCUUCACCAAUGGCAUCGAGAAGAUGAGAGAGAUUCUGAUGUCGGAGCCAGGGAAGCUGUUGCAGAAGGUAAAGGUGUGGCUUCAGGAGUACUGGAACAUCACGGACCUCAUGGCCAUCCUCAUCUUCUCUGUGGGCAUGGUGCUCCGCCUCCAGGAGCCGCCCCUCAUGAGUUACGGCCGGGUCAUCUACUGCGUUAACAUCAUCUAUUGGUACAUCCGGCUGCUCGACAUCUUUGGCGUCAACAAAUACCUGGGCCCCUAUGUCAUGAUGAUCGGCAAGAUGAUGAUUGACAUGAUGUACUUUGUGAUCAUCAUGCUGGUAGUGUUGAUGAGUUUCGGAGUGGCCAGGCAGGCCAUCCUGAAUCCCAAUGAGGACCCGUCCUGGAUGCUGGCUCGGAACAUCUUCUUCAUGCCUUACUGGAUGAUCUAUGGAGAGGUGUUCGCUGAUCAGAUCGACCCUCCAUGUGGCCAGAAUAUCACCACAGAGGACGGGCAUGUUGUGGCUCUGCCACCCUGUAAGACGGGAGCCUGGAUCGUUCCUGCCAUCAUGGCCUGCUACCUUCUGGUGGCCAACAUCCUGCUGGUCAACCUGCUCAUCGCUGUUUUCAACAACACCUUCUUUGAGGUGAAGUCCAUCUCCAACCAGGUGUGGAAGUUCCAGAGGUACCAGCUCAUCAUGACCUUCUACGAGCGGCCCAUCCUCCCCCCUCCCCUCAUCAUUUUCAGUCACAUGACCAUGGUCCUCAAGCACCUGUGCUGUCGCUGGCGUAAGCACGACGAUGACGAGAGAGACUAUGGGCUGAAGCUCUUCAUCACUGAAGACGAGCUGAAGAAAGUGCAUGACUUUGAGGAGCAGUGCAUCGAGGAGUACUUCCGCGAGAAGGAUGACCGCUUCAACUCCUCAAAUGACGAGAGGAUCCGAGUGACAUCAGAGAGAGUGGAGAACAUGGCCAUGCGCCUGGAGGAGGUGAAUGAGAGAGAACACUUCAUGAAGUCAUCUCUGCAGACCGUGGACAUACGGCUGGCCCAGAUGGAGGAGCUGAUUGGUCGGAUCGCUGUGGCUCUUGAGCGAGUCACAGGGGUGGAGCGGGGGGAGGUCAACAAGGCCCGCUCACGCACCUCCUCGGACUGCACAGACUCGGCCUACAUGCUGCGUCAGGGUGAGUGCCCAGAUGCGGCUUACAUCCUGCGCCAAAGCAGCUUCAACAGCCAAGAGGGGAACUCCUACCGGCUCAAUGAGGGUGCAGAGGGCUCCAUGUCUCCGCCCUCCCCCACCGGCCUGGCCACUCGCACACGCAGUCACUCCUUCUACGUGGGUGGAGGUCUUGAGCGAGCUGGGGCCGACAGGGCCGAAAGGGCCGACCGUUUCCUCAAGGAGCGCUCCUUCAGCCUGCACCGAGCCAAUAGCUCACAGUCGGUGGCCUCGGGUACCGCCCCCAAGGAGUCUAAGCCCCUCCCACUGGCCACGCUGUCCAUCUCCCAGCAGCACCGCCCCUCUUCCUGCAUCGACAUCUAUGUGUCGGCAUCCGAGGAGGCGGGGCCAGCCGAGGUCUUCUCGGACCCGCUGAGGAUGGGCCCUCCCCUCCGGCACGACUCUUCGCUCCACUCUGAGAUUAUGGAGGCGGUGCUGUCGAGCGGGAGGGACUACAGCGGAGGCAGCGGAUUGGGCGACAGACACUCGGAGGGUGGUGCAGUGUUCGAGGACAGCGCGGCUGCAGACCUGUCGCUAUGCUCCGCCCACCUUCUCCCAGAUAACACCAUGCCGACCUGGGACCUGGACCCCUCCCCACCCCCGUCAGCGGGGCCACUGGAGCGCUCCAAGAGCAGCCGCUACCUGUCCACUGGCGGCAGGGGCUACCUAGAAGAGACUCAGCUGGUCAAAUCUCACAGCCUCAUGUUUACACCGCGAGGCUGCUACGGAGGCCUAGGGGCAGGUGUUCAGGUCAAAGCGGCUGAGUACACCAGCAUCACCGACUGCAUAGACACCAGGUGUGUCUCCGCCCCUUACUCCACCGCAGAGCGCUCCCACUCCCCCGGAGGCUCCACCUCAUUCCCCUUCAAUAAGCCCCCGGACUUGGGCUCCUCCCACCCAGAGCGCGAGGCCGAGCUCAGCCACACAGAGUCAGACCCUGAAGACCCAGAGGACCUGGCCCCGGCCCCCGAGCCCCAUCGCAUGGGGAGGGGCUUAAGAGGGGCGAGUGGGACCCCAUUCUGCUCACCCUUCUCCAGAAUGGAACGAGCCAACAGCUGCUCCUCAGAUGACUCCUCCCACCCAUCAUUGGCCCCUCCUUCACACAGAAAAAGCCUGUCGGUCAGUGAGAGGAUGGAGAGGGGUGCAGACCGUGGGGUUCUGGGGGGACCCAGGAACCCCUUCCUGAGGAGCAAGUCAGGGGCACGGCCCGACACCAAGACAGACAGCCUUUCCAUGAGAAAGCUGACCACCCCCUCUGCGUUCAGCAGCUUCGACAGUAGACACAACUACACGUGACAAUGAUGAAGAAAACAGGACAGGGACAGGGCACACUCUGUUACUAUACAGGACCAUAGGGCCAGCCAGGGGUAAAGACAAGGGUCAUGGGGAGGGCUCCUACCAGUGUAAAACAAAGUGCUAUGAAGCUAGGGUAGUUCUUACCUCCUCCUGAAGCUGACUCUUGUUGUAUGUUUGGUGAUGGAGGGUAUGUGCCGUGUCUGUCUACCAUCUUUUUAGUCAAGUCAACACAUUGUUACUGUAAUGCAUCACGUCACAGAACACUGGUGUAGCCCAAAUAGAAAGUAUAAAAAUGAAAUCUCUGAUAGGACAGUUUAGUCAGUCUUUAGAAAAUAAUAAACUUGGCCACCUUGACAAUAUAAGACUGGAGGUCAGAAUUGUCACCUCAACCCAAAUUUCCUCAGGUUCCCUAGUUUCCUCUUUGCCCUUAAACUGCCCAUACUCAAGGAUAUGACUCUAUACUUCUGUGCUUCCACCACUGAAAUAGCACUCUGUCUUUCCACCACUGAAAUAGCACUCUGUCUUUCCACCACUGAAAUAGCACUCUGUCUUUCCACCACUGAAAUAUCACUCUGUCUUUCCACCACUGAAAUAGCACUCUGUCUUUCCACCACUGAAAUAGCACUCUGUCUUUCCACCACUGAAAUAGCACUCUGUCUUUCCACCACUGAAAUAGCACUCUGUCUUUCCACCACUGAAAUAGCACUCUGUCUUUCCACCACUGAAGUAGCGUUCAGUCUUUUCACCACAGACAUAGCACUGCAUGCUACAACAGUAGCAGCAGUAGUAACCUCAUCCCCAGGGUAAUUGUACAUACCGCAUAUAAGCCUGAAACACCACCGACUCAAAUCUGGCCUAUGUGGUAGUAAAAAAUAAAAACCACAAAAACAUUUUUGAUCUUAGCGAAUCACACGACUGGGCGUUGUGUCUCCUACGACGACGCUAGCAAGACGGAGAUGGGAAGUGCUCAGAGGGAGGUGAUUGAUUACAAAUAAAGCCAAUGGCUAUGGAUUAUAACUUUUUCCUGAUCUUUCUGUUGGGAUAAUGAAGGCCACGUUUAAAGUUUUGGUCCACCAGACUGUCCUAGCAUGCAUAAGCGACUUAAGCGGUCGCUUCCUGGGGGCCCCGACCCCCCAACAAAACUCAGUCUGGGAACUCAGUUGGGGUCUCAACCUACUGUUGAGAGAUAGAAUAGAAGAAUACACAGGGUGCAAGUUCGAAAUUUGGUUGUGCAUCAGCAGUUAUUUUUUUCUUGUUUUGUCAUUCACUGACAGUCAUUCAAUUAGCCGUGUCAGCUAACAAUUUUUAGAUUGAUAAGUUAGUCUAGCCAGUUAUCUAAACAGUGCCCAGGGGCCCAAAUUGAUUUUGUUAGUCACGCUCACUCAGAUAUCAUUAACAUUUCAUAAAUCAUGGCAAAAUGGGUAGAUUUGCAGGAAAUUAGAUUUAAAUUGCAAAAAUGUCUCUCUGCCCCAUGGCAAAAUGAGUAGAAUUGUAUGAAAUAUGUUAUAAAUUGCAACAUUUUAUCUCUGUCCCAUGCCAAAAUGUGUAGAACGGCAGAAAACAUACUUAAAAACUGCAAAAAGUUAUUGCUGCCCCAUGGCAAAAUCAGUAGAAUGCAUGAAAUGUGUUAUAAAUGUGCUACAUUUUCUCUCCGCCCCAUGGCAAAAUUUGUAGAAAAUGAAAUGUAAAAUUACUAAAAUUAUCUCCACUGUCAAGAGGGGGGCCACUAAACAUUUUGCCCUGUGUCAGAGCAUUGGGGGGGGAGUGUCUGCUGAACUAAAUUACAGCAGUAGUGACUAUAGUAAAACACAUGGACAACACAAAGUAAAACACAAAGACAAUGAGCAUUGUGCCGGUUGAAUUUCUAGACAUAAUAGGGCUCUAUUAUGUAUAAUGCAUGUCCCUGGUUUAAAAUCCAUGCACAUUGACAGUCAAGUAAUAUUGACUCAAUAGAUUUCAGGGGUCAAAAUCAGGGCAGUAAAAUCGAUUACCUACAGGACCUGAGUAACAGGGAAGAUGGGAAAUUUGAUUAAAUGUAGACUCAUCAUGUGCCUAUCUAUUUACUUGUUGUCCUAUCCCCAGUCACCCGGGCUUAGUGUCAUUGUGGCCUACAGUGUAAAGGUAUGAACAAAGUGUUAACACAUACACAUAGUCAUACAUGCACUCUAAUGCCAGCAAGGUGUGUGGAAUGGCUGAAGGAAAGCCAAAACAAUUAUUAUUAUUUCCCUUGGGUUAAAUCUGCUCAGUGCAAAACUAUAAACUGGGCACCAGAGGGGGCUGUGACCCUGUUUAAGGAGUCCUUCAUCUCAAGCAGUAAACCAAUGUUGAAAUUAGAACACAUCAAGAUCAGCCUUUUCAGCAAGAAAACAUCAAGCAUGUCUGGUAAUGGCAUUGCCCGUUCCUUUCAUUCCUCUGGCAGCAGCAUUUUGUUGCUUGGAUCUGACACCUGCUAGUCUCGGGUAGCCAGAUAUGGUAAACUACGAUCAUUGGAUCCAUACUUCCUACUUUGUUUGGACGUUCAUUCAUGAUUUAUUCUAUUCAAAUCGAAGCACCAGACUAACCAGAGUAAUCGUUUAGAAUGAUCUUCUGAAAACAGCAGAGAAUAGUCUGCACAACAUGUAAGAAUACAUAAUAGUGUACAUUGUAUGUGUAGGCUAGAAGAGAAUGGUUAGAGAACUGAAUUCCACAAGAUGGAGUUAUUUGAAACAUUUGCAAAAGAGUCAACUCUGUGAAUCAUAUGCAUUUUAAGAGACAUAGAGGCACCUUUCAAGUUGAUGUAAAUGGCAGAGAACCAGAUUUUUUUCAUUGCUUAAUUUAUUACAACUAAAAAUAUCUGACAGGAGUGGAAUACAUGUUACAACAUGUUUGUAAUAAUGGAACAUGAUGAGUAACAUUUACAUCACAGGUUCUCAAAUUAGUUCUUUUUUAUAUUUGAUCAUUAUUAAAUCACUUCAAUUUAAUUGCACUGCAAUUGUUUUGAUUGAUUAUAUUUGACUAUUUUGUUGCUUACAAUGAAUAAUUGAAUGGCUGUUUGAAAUACAAACAGAAUAUUUAUA